AUGCGCACGAUUGGCCGAACAAGAGUUAAGAAUAGUUUGUGUGAGGAUGGGGACAGCAUUGUUCGUCCUUUAAUUAACAAAAGAGGCGAUAUAGGAACUGAUCUUACUGCAAUGGAAGGAAACAGGGCGGCAGCUCAUGAGAAAAGCAACGAAUUGGACGAUGUAAUCAAUGAAAAUACCGAGUCUAAGAAUGAAAGGAAUAUGAGCAAGGCACCGAGACUAAAAAGAAUCAACUUGGAACAUCAAAACGGUAGCACCGAUAAAAUAGAGAAAAAUUGUGCCAUGACACAUGAUUUUGGAGAUAAAGACACCAUAAUUUUGGAAGACUCCGAUAAAAAAUGCUGUUUUUGUGGGAAAAUUUUGAGAAAAAUUUUUGUAAAAUGUCUCAAAUGUGGAAGGAAAUUUCAUAACAGCUGUUCAAAGAAAGGGAGUCGGAUAGUCGAAAAUUACGAGGUUAUCUUCAUAUGUAACGAUUGUAACGCGUGCACAGAAUGUGGAUUGAAUAAUGAUGACGACACGAUGCGCUGCUUGGUUUGUCCACAAAUAUUCCACAAAACGUGUACCACCGCCCAGUUCUGCAGACCAUGUCGAGAGAAGUUAUACCUGGGCGCUACGCAGCUAGAAGUAAUGGCCAGAUUUGAGAUGAACAUGUUCAACAGCUUUGUGAGAAGCAAAGGAUUUAUGAAAGACGAGCGAGGACAACGAUAUAUGGGCAAGGAGAUAGUUGUUUCCAAGUUGUACAUAGGGAGCAAAAAGCUUUCACCGCAGUAUCUUUCGCCUUUUAUCAAUGUGUCAUACUCUAUGUAUGUCUGCGAGAAGUGCUUUUCCUACUUCAAGGAGUCUAUUUCGUUAGAAAGACACAAGUUGAAGUGCGAUAUGUGUCUACGCGGUAAUCUGGUGUACUCCCGCGGAAAACUGAAAUUAUAUGAGGUGGAUGGUGAGAUAGACACAAUAUUCUGCAGGAAUCUCUGUUUGGUGGCAAAGUGCUUCCUCGAUCACAAGACACUCUACUAUGAUGUGGAGCCUUUUUUAUUUUACACUCUGUAUGAUGACAAUGGCAACUUUAUAGGGUAUUUCUCCAGGGAAAAGUUCUCAACAAAGUUCAAUUUAUCGUGUAUUGUCGUUCUGCCCUGCUAUCAAGGAAAAGGUUUUGGCUACUUUUUAAUUGAUUUCAGUUACUGUCUGUGCAAAAUUACUAACAAAAAAGGGACACCAGAAAAACCUCUGUCUGAUCAAGGACUCGCAGUUUACAAGAAAUACUGGAAAUACAAAGUUUAUAAUUAUAUAUCGAGGAUUAAAGGGUGUGUAUCCGUUGAAGUUAUUUCAGAAGAGUUGGCCAUGACUCAUUCGGAUGUUGUAUACGCCCUAGAAUUACUCGAAUUUUUGAAAAAAGCUGAUGGCAAGUAUCGCAUUGAAGUUUCAGAAAGGAUCUUUGUCGAAUUGAAGACAUGUGAUCCUGCUGGUAUUAUAACCGGUAAUAUACGGGUUUUUAAUGAAUAGAGAUUAGCCAGUUAAUAAAGAGCCGCUUUAUACCCGAUGAGCAGCGGAUGCUGUUCAAUGGACGCUUCAAUAAAAUUUAUUUAAAAUGGUA